AUGACCAGAGCGCACUCUUCCAGAGGCCCGUUGCUGACCUCAAACCUUCCCCAACUCCAAAAUCUCAUCAAAAGAGACCCAGCUGGAUACAAGGAAGAAUUUUUGCAGCAAUGGAACCAUUACCAGAGCGUCAUGCUCAUCUUCGAGCACAGACCUGCCGAACACGCCGAACAGUUUAGAGAGCUGGUCACGUUCAUUGCGCAGGUCUCUCAGUGCUACCCAGUUGAAACCGCCACAUUUUCGUCCCAGAUAGCAUCGCUGCUCCUCCGGAGUUUUUCGACUCUUGCCCCAGACACCCGAAAAAGUCUGGUCCAAAAUCUCGUUCUCCUUAGGAACAAAGGUGUCAUCAACUCCAUCGAGUUGUUGCAGACUCUGUUUCCUUUACUUUCUCAGACGACGUCCACGUCCUUACGAAGCUUCAUCCGCAGAACCAUCUUGCUUGAUAUUCGCACGGCAAACCAAAAAGCUCAAAAUCAUAAACUUAAUCGAUCUGUGCAGGCUAUGCUGUUCGGUAUGCUUGAGCGUGGCAUGGGAGCUGAAAUGAUCGGGGACAAAGGCAAGUUGAGAGAGAGGUUGAACGAGGCACCACGACGGUCGACGGACGAAGCAGUGUGGGCUAUUGCUCUCACCAAAGAACUCUGGAAGCGAGGCGUGUGGAAAGACGAAAAAACCGUCUCUAUCGUAGCAUUAGGAUGCAUACACCCGUCUGCGAAGGUCCAGAAAGCUGCGUAUUACUUCUUUUUGGGAAGCGAGGACGACGACGAACCAUGCAGUGAGGAAGAAGACGAGGGUCCUGACAUCAAACAGCUGAAGCAUCAAAGGCUGGUCAAAAAGAAGACCCGAAGUGAAGAUCGGAAAAUAGCAAAAGCCGUAAAGAUUGCCAAGAAAAAGACCAAAACCAACGACGACGCGAAAGGGAACACCAAUUUCUGGGCGAUCCAGCUCAUACGAGAUCCACAAACCUUUGCUGAAAAGCUAUGUGAUCACUUACAACGAUAUGACAAGCGGAUGUCAUUGGACCAUAAAGUGCUCAUAAUGCAGCUUCUAAGCCGUGUCAUGGGCUACCAUAAGCUCUGCGUUCUAGGGUUCUACGGCUACGUCGUGAAGUAUCUGACUUACCAUCAAUUGCGAGUCACCGUCAUACUUGUGGCUUUGGCUCAAUCCGUACACGACCUUACACCUCCUGAUGUGUUGACCCCGGUCAUCCGAAAACUUGCACAUGAGUUUAUUCACCCCGGAGUGGGCUCUGAGGUUAUCGCCGCGGGUUUGAACGCUAUACGCGAGGUUUGUCGCAGACAGCCUUGGAGCAUGGAGGAAGACCUGCUCGGUGAUCUUGUGGAAUACAGAAAGAGCCGAGAUAAAGGCGUCAUGGUGGCUGCCAGGGGUUUACUCCAGCUUUACAGAGAAGUCAAUCCUGGCUUGUUGAAGCGUCGUGAGAGAGGAAAAACAGCCAGUAUGGCCAAUAGCUCGGUCACACCACUUCCAUAUGGACACGCGCCUAAGCCCGCAGUCGAUAUCGAGGGUAUUCAGCUACUUCAAGAGCAAAAUCACAGCGUGUCCGAUGACAGGGGAGAAGAUAAUUGGGAGGGGUGGGAAGUUGAAUCCGAUUCCGAUGAAUCUUCCAGUGAUUGGAUCGCUGUAAGCUCAGAGGACGAAGGAGACAUCGUCAUAAGCGACAGCGAGGACGAUGGCGACCGGAGUACAAGGCCUCCUGCUCCGAAAGAAUACUCGGCAACCCCGCACCCUGUUGAGAGUAUUGCGACCACUAAGAUACUCACUCCUGCUGAUUUCGCCUUGCUUAAAAAACUCAAAUCGGAGAGCAGCCCCCACACUAGUGAGGGAAAUCGAGGGACGAAGAGGAAGGCCAAUUCUACUAGCGCGGCAAUAGAGUCGGAGCAGGCAACAUUUGUCACGGAAGCCGACAUUAUGGGACCACGGAAGAGGGUAAAAGCUGACUACGAAGAACGCAUGGCAUCCGUUAGAGAAGGACGAGAAGGACGCGAAAAAUAUGGUUCCAAGAAGGGGAAGAAAUCCAAGGAUGUGCCGAGCAGCACCACAAACCGUCAGAAAGCUCGCAACAAGCCCGUCAUGAUGAUACUCUCUAGCAACGCCGUGCGCAGCAAGAAAAGAGCGUCCCUUCGGGAGAAGCAGCAGCGUCUCCGCAAAGGAAAACGUUGAUACCACACUUCCAUAUGUGAAUACUACCAUCCACAUUGAUAACAGACGGCCCCAUUGGGUAGAAGGGAUGGUCUCGAUUGCACCUCUUACCGUUCUUGUCUUAGGACUCGUGAUUGAAUUCAAUCAGUUAGUC